AUGAAUACGAAUAGCAAAGCAUUUUGGCCACUUGUGGCUGCAGUUAGUCUCGGUGUAGGUUUUGUUGGUUAUUGCUUUUAUUUCGAUCAAAAACGACGAAGUGCGCCGGAAUUUCGUGAAAAAUUAAAAGCUAAACGAAAGAAACAGAAACAACAUGGUCCGACUUCUAGUGACAGUUUAACAGUUGAUUCCAGUAAUCCCGACGAGAUGCGUCGCUAUUUUCUUGAACAAAUUCAACAAGGCGAAGAUUGUCUGUCCCGAGGUGAUCUUGAUAAUGGUGUCGAUCAUCUCGCUAAAGCUGUCGCUGUUUGUAGUCAGCCUCAAAGUCUCCUUUCACUAUUUCAACAAACACUACCACCUGAAUUGUUUCAAGAAAUCAUCAUGCGUUUACCGCGAGUUGCCCAAUCGGUUAUGGGUGCAUCGUCUUCAGCUCUUGGUGGUAGCGCAAUUUUGACUGAACCAGAUCUAGAAUAA